UACACUUCCGGCUUCCAUCAAUUUUCUCCUUCUCGGCGUCCGAACAGGAAAACAUCAUGAAACCAGAGCUUCCUGGGUUUUACUACGACGCGGAGAAGAACAGAUACUUCCCCAUUAAAGGCCGUAUUCCUGGCUCCAAUUCUUCUUCUUCUUCGAAAACCGCCCAAAAUCCCGACCCAAAACCUUCACAGCAGGAACCUGAUUUGCAGAAGAGAACCAAUCUAAAAGCAGCUAAGCUACUUUCUUUCCGAGAGUUGAAUGGUAAUGCUAUUCCACUCGAUAAGGGGAAGUGCAACUUCAAGGAGGAGAUCCAGAAAUUGCAAGCUUCCUGUCCUGAAGUAUGGCGUUAUGAGCACACUAGCAAGACAGCCGAUGCUGCUCUGGAACAUGCCCAGAUUUGUGUACAAACAUUAGAAGGUCUAAUCAGGAGAGACUUUCUAUUGACGGGCACCAUGACUGGCUCCCUGGGUUUACUGGAUGUUGGAGAAGCCUUGGAAACUUCUGAUUUUGGAUGUGAAUGUGCUCCAUUUCGGGUGCUUCCUUGCAAAGAAAGUGGUCUACAAGAUAGGGAGUCACCUUGGAAAAUAUGGAGGCCUGCAGGAGCUUUGGAACAACUGUCUUCAAGCAUAUCUUCUAUAAACUUGUUGGGGAGAUAUGAUGCAGCCGAAAACACGUCCAAUUCAAACCGAGCAUUGAUAACAACCCUUGAGCCAGAGGUCUCUGGAUCAGUUUUUGUUUUGAACCUCGAUCGUGCAUUGGACUUCAAUUCUAGGUUUCCAAUCACUAGAGAGAGCAUCCACGGGGGUGCUUCCCUUGAUUGCACCAUAUGGACAGCUGAUUGCGAUUUAAAUGGAAGUCAUGCUGCUAUUGGUACCAAUCUCGGUGGUGCAUUGGUUGACGUGGAAAGGGGAGCGUCUUCAUGGUUUCUGCGCAGUAAAAGUGAUGUUUUGGCACUACAGUUUCAUCAAUCGGGUAAUGUUAUUCAAUGUGGGCUAAGGAAUGGAGCCAUUGUGUCGGUUGAUACUCGUGAGAGACCAGGGAGAGUUUCUUCUAGGCUCACUAGACAUCAGAUACGGUAUCACUGUCACUCUUCAAAUAAAACUGGUCGAAGAAGUUCUAAUAGGCAAUGGUUUGAGCUCAAAGGAAAUCUAAAUCCGUCUCGUAUCAUCUAUAUGCCUUCUUCUGUUACAUGUCUAGCAACGCUUAAAACGUAUGAUCACUACUUAAUGGCAAGCUCCAUGGAUGGAUCGAUUGUUCCUACGUUAGAUGAAGCUAUACGAUCAACGCAUGACGAGAGGAGAAGCUGUCCAAUCGUACGAAGGUCACGUAAAUUCCCAUAUGCGUAUCCAAUUCGGGAUCGAUCCAUCAGAAAGAUUCGUUAUGUCAGUGCUUCAGGUGGAGUAGAUGGUUAUGUUCGGAUUUGGAGCAUAAAAUCUGGUCAACUUCUGUCUGAAAACAAAAUCUCUGACUCUGUCCCUUCAGUCUUGUCUUGGCCAACCCCACAAAGGCGAAGAAGCUGCGGAGAUGGAAGCGUUCUUGGAGCGUGGAUUGCAUCUCGUGAAUCGAUAUUCUACGUGCGUUAACCGUUCACCAUGUCGAACCACGGAGAGAUGAGGAUCGUGAAUCUCACGACAAGUUUUCAUCUUUAUUGGUGAAAUGCUCUAACACCAGUUCACUGACUCGGAACGGAAGAAGCUAUAGGACCUUGCAAGAUACAACACCGCCAUGUUCGUGUGAUGAUGGAAGCUUUUUUGAACCUAUGACACAUUUGCUAGGAUUAGUUGCUUUGGAACUGUGAAGAGCUCAUAAUAUUUUUUUUUUCCUUUUUUUCUCCUUUUUUUUUCUUGUCGUGAAUGACAUAGAACUACCCUUCAGUCAAUUUUGAUAAAGAGAUACAUAAUAUAAUAUUUAACCGUUCUUUCUUA